UGUGAAUAGCAAGGCGGCAUCGGCAAUUGAUUUAAAAACAGGUCAUGGCAAUUUAGUUAACAUGUUAAACAGAAUGUCAGUACGUAGUUUCGCAUACUCAACAAGCCUUUUAUCACAAUCGUCGCACAUGAAAGGUGCUGAGUCACUAUUAUCUGUUGCGAGUAGCAUUACUCCCAAAGAGUUCAAUAAACCGCUAAAUCGACGAGAUAUAUUUUAUUCCGGUUCAAUUCGAAAUCUGCCUGAAUUUAAAUCUGAAGGUAGUAAUUACCAAUCAUACAGAGAAUCACAAAUUUCAAUCCCUGCAUCAGCCGUUGUCCAGGCAAUCGCUAGCAUUUCACAAGUGGAAGACGAUAAAUUAGGUAGUAAUCAUGGAAUCACUGGAGUACAAGGCGAACAACUGGAUGAACUUAUCGAUUGGUGUGCUGACAGGAGGUGUAAAUGGAUACCAAUAAGGAUUCGUAACAUUUUAAGUGAAAUGAUUGAUAUUUCGUUGCUGAAGGAACCAGCGAUGUUCUUACUUUGCAUUUCAAAUUUAUGUGGCAUGCUUGGAUUCUAUGUGCCUUUCAUGUUUCUCAUUGAUAUGGCUGUUGCAAAAGGGUAUACCAAAGGCAGUGGUUCAUUACUCUUAUCAGUAAUCGGCAUUACCAAUACCAUUGGUCGAAUAGCAUUCGGUUGGUUAGCGGAUCGUGGCUGGCUGUCAGCAUUGACAAUUAAUAAUUUUGCAUUACUUGGAUGUGGUAUGCUUACCUGUUUAUGCCCAUUGCUCCCUGGUUAUGGUGGUCUCAUGGUUUACUCCAUUUUAUUUGGAUUCAUAAUCUCUGCAUAUAUUUCUCUUACAUCAAUCGUGUUGGUGGAUGAAUUAGGUUUGGAUCGAUUAACGAACUCUUUCGGUUUGUUGGUUGUCAGCAGAGGUAUAGCAUCAUUACUAGGAACACCCUUGGCAGGAAUUGUUUAUGACAUGUUCUCCUCAUAUGAUGCAUCAUUUUAUUUUGCUGGUGUGAUUAUACUCUUGUCUGGUCUGGUUUCAUGUCUCAUUCCGGUCGUUCAUCGUUGUAAAAAUGACGAACUUGCGAAAGAAACCGUGGAAGAAGCGAGAAUGAUGGACGAAGAUAUCCAAUCUGGAAAGCUCUCAGUACUUACAGAGCAUUCGGAAGAAAAUUUGAUGGGAUAUCAACGCACUUUGCAAAAUUUGUCGCAGCAACAGGAAUCUGACUCGAGGAUUAUUUCGCUGGAAAAAACUACCAACAAUAGCUGA